UUCAGUUCGUUCGUUCCGUUCGGUGCGUGUGCGGCUGGUUCGUCGUGAGUGCGUGGUGCGUUCGGUCGAUUUCGCGAAUGCGAGUGCAUGUGCGGUGUGCGCGAAGAAGCGGCUGUUGGGAUCUGGCCUGUUAACCUAAGCGGGGCCGCGUUAACCUCAACUGCCAGCAGGAAGAAGAGGAGAAAGAAAUAAUACCGUGAGCGGAGCUGGGGCUAUUUCACCUGGGGAACGCAGCAUGCUGAAUCUUAGAGCUGACCACGAUAUCUACCGCAUAAGGAGACAGCACGGCACGAAGAUACGGGACGUGGCGCAAGCAGCAAGCGAGUAACGGCCACACGAAGAACGAAGAAGAAGAAGAAGAAGAAGAAGAAGUGACGUAAAGACUGACUCAGUAAUUGGAGACUAGACGAGAAAAAUCGCUCUUCUGUGAUCACCCCCUAUUUUUGUAGCGCGUUUAAUUUUUUCGUCACACGCCCUUACUUGGUGUGUACGUGUGCAAGCGAAAGUACAAAUGGUGGCAAAGUGAGGGAAUGACAGUUGAGUGAGAAUAGCAAAGGGGAAGGAAGGCAGAGGCGCAAUCUUCGAAGUGCCCAGUAGUUGCUGGCUUAGUCGUAGCUGUAAUGUUCUGAAGCGACAGUUCACAGCAAGUAGACCGUAGGUGGUAGAUUACACAGAUCGCCACCUUAGACAGUUAGUAUCGCUGAGGUCCUGAUAGUGUGCGCUUCAAAAUACACGCUUCGCUCACUUAGGCAAAGCGUCCACGCGCACGUUUCUCUCAAAGUUUUCUCACAAGUGUACUUAAAAGGACUCGCAUACAUUCGCAAGUGCCAGAUUUUUAAUUUAUUUCCUUUCUUUUUCCCCGGCGAUGUGAGCUGUCGUUAUCCUCUGCGGCCUGUCAAAGUGGGAAAAGAAACGCUGCCGAGAGAAUUUUAAUUGCUUCGGUUUUAUACACCAAAGUUAAUCGUUGAAUACGCAAAAGUCAAAUCGAUUUUUCCUCUCGCGAGAUUUUUUGGAAAAGUUUUUCCGCGCGUGUCGCUAUAUUGAGCAUUGUGUUUUUGGUAGUGUCGCUGUGUAUUUUGUAAUCGUACUUUAUUAUCUAGUUUUAAAUAAAAAUUGUUCGCGUGCCUGAUGGUUUUGACUCAGGAGCUAAGAUUUUUGUGAUACUCGAUAGCAAUAAGAGCUUGUCUUGCAACUGUGAAAGCCAGAAAUUGUGAAUAGGAAACGUUUUAUUUGGGAUCAGUCGCGUUUGACAUUGGAAUUUUCAGACAACGAAGAAUAGACGCAGGGAUAGACGAGAAGGAAAAAGCGAAGAAAGUUGCCUUAAAGUUCAGCGGUUCAAGACAGUACUUAAACAUUCUCGUCUGUGUCUGAUAGUAUCAGUCACAAUAAAAGUACAAAAAGGGGUACUUUAAACUAGUUGGAAACUAGUCAAAGGUUUUUUUGAAUGCGGUUCGUCUGCGUAUUGAGCGUUAACUGUUCGCUAGGAAAAUUAGUACUAUUUCAUAUUCAGCCACGUCAGUAGUAGAUGUGCAAAGUCUGUACUCAGAUAGCAUAUUUAUCUACGCCCACUUAGUCUUUGGCACUUGCACACUCACACAUUGAGAUAGUAAUAGUCUAGCUGUACUUGACUCGUAAUUGGCGUGCACACUUAAUCAAACAGCUUGCAAGAAAAAGUAUACAUUCUUACCAGAAGUGUAUCAGAAAACAUUUUCCUGGUCUGUAAACAAGUACUUAAAACAUUAAUCUCGUUUUCGUCGUCAGUAGGCGGUAUCUCAGUACAAACAAGUAUUUACGUUGGUUCAGUACUUAAAAUAGUGGAAUAAGGUAUAUGUACGUUAAUAUUCCGAUUAGUUACGGCGUAGCAUUAUUCCUUGUAAUUUGGGUAGUCAAAAAGAAAGAUACUCUCACAGCAGGAGCGAUUUUUCGUUACAGUUCUCUGCAAGAUAAAGGCCUUCCUGUUUAUAGUCGGCAAACGUUGAAAAUUUAGCGGGACAUAAUUCAAAUUGGAAUUGUAGUGUGGAAGAGUGUAAAGAUAACCAUUUUGACCAUCGGCAAGUUACUGUGCGUUACUGUGUACUUAAUCGCGGGGUGCAGUGAACGUGGUGGAAUUGAUUAACCACUGGACUCGUGCAACGAAUUUUUCUGCUCUUGAAAGUUAGAAGUGGCCUAAUACUUGUCUUCCAGUUUACACUUUGUGGAGUGUGGUAGGAUCUCGGAUGACGACUGAAUAUUCAAGAUUCCGAGGCUCAUUAAAAGACCUGUGUGCGGCUGACAUCUGGUGUCGGUGUCUUCGUAUUCGUCGGGGCAUGGCUGGGAGAUACUAGAGGACUGACAAAGUGAAGUACUUAAAUAGUAAUUUCUUUAAAAUCAAUUACUGGUGGAAUUGUAGACCACAGAUUUCUGCGGAGAAAGUGCUGCGCUCGCAGGUGUAGUACAGAUAUACUUCCGAACUGAGUACUUAAUGGUGUAGAUAGAGAUCUGCAAGUGCUUCGGAGAGAGGGAGAAACGGGAGCUGUGAUAAAUGUUCCUCUACUGAAAUUCCGCAGCAAACUCACUUCUCGUACACUGUCAAAGGUGCACGAUGGGGCAGCUGGUUUGGUAGCCUCCUUAACAGAGUACUUAAGAGUGGACAGUUUUUCUUUUUAGUGUGGUAGCACCCCAGUUGCGGUUAGUAAGCUGUCUCGACCCUCGCAGUGUCAGCCAUCGACCUCGGCACUCGGGCCAAAUGUCGUUCCAGAUCGGCGAUUCGUGCCUGCCACUCUCCAAGUCUCCUCUCUCUGUGGACGCCUCUGAAGACAGCUGACAGUGGGGGAACCUGAGGACUACUGCUGCCGCUACGGACUGUCUACUUCACUGGGGAGACUUUCCUGCCCAUCGCCAGAGUUCGGAGCUGCGUCCCGGCACUACCGUUUCCUGCAGCACGCUUCCCUGGGGCAGAUCCAGUUCGACUACUGUGCAGUGUCUGAUGUUUAGCUGUGGUCGUAACUCAGUUCUAGACUCGUUUUCUAGAGCGACUGCCCCCUAAUUACAGUGCGUGUACCUUACACCACGUACCCACGUGCGUCGCUAAAGAGUAACUGGUGUGGACACUCGGUAGUACCUGAUUUUUGGCGAGCCCUCGAGUGCUGCCGAGAGCCCGGAAGCCCAAUUCGGAGUUCCCCGCCUGCCGAACCUCCCCCCCGGAUCGAACGAUGCCGCCGAAGAAGCCCGCUCAGGAACCCGGCGCCAAGGGUUCGAAGAAGGCGCCGGCGCCGGCUGCGGGUCCGGCGCCGCUGGCCGCGCCGGACGACUCUUCGCCGUCGCCGUCGCCCCCGCCGUCGCCCUCGGCCGACGACGACGACUCGUCGCAGUCGAGCAGCAGCUACAACACCAUCACGUCGCUGGCGGCGCUGAAGGAGCUGCUGCACGGGCCCGGUUCGGGGCCCGCCAACGACGUGGACCUGGCCUGGUUCGAGCACUACUUCCUGAGCCACGUGAACCGCCUGCCCAAGCACGAGCUGCGCUCGCCCUGCCUGCGGCCCAUCCUGGAGGGGCGCCGGGUCUCGGAGUGGGCCGGCGACGCCCACGCCAAUGAGGCGCCGCCCCACGCCGGUGAGCGAGAGCGUGCAUUUAUUUCUUAUUUAUUUAUUGCCAAAUUAUAG